AUGAAGGCUGCGUUAGGGGUUUCCUGUAUUGUCAUACUGUCAUUCUUCUAUGUGCUCAAAUCAGAGAAAUGUAUUGUUCAACAAGAGAAUGUGUAUCAGAUGCAGACUGAAGAAGGGCAGCCUCUUGAAAUUGCUUGCCCUGUCUACAAUCCAAGCUGUAGUUUUAGCUGGUAUAUAAAUGGAAGUGAAACAUCUAUAACUGAACAACAAUCUUCAAGAAUUCAUAAAAGUGGUCAUUUGCUUUGGUUUCAUCCCGCAAUAUAUGAAGAUUCUGGAACGUAUGAAUGUUUUGCAGGUUACAGGAAUUCAACAACAUGUUACAAAAACACUUUCCACGUGACAGUAUCGGACAGUGCUGGCCUUUGCUUUAAUGAGAAAUUCUAUCACCUGCAACAGAUACCAUUAUCAACAACUUCAAAGAUCGUGUGUCACAUGGAACAUUUUGUACAAGAUAAUUUCUCUAUUCAGUGGUAUAAGGGAUGUACACCAUUGGAGGGGCAGAGAUUUAUCUUAACGAAAAGAGCAGUUAUAAUACGUAAUGUGAGCGACGAUGAUAAGGGAAAAUACCAAUGCAAAGGAACAUACAGUUAUUUGGGGAAUAAAUACCACUUUUCACAGAGCAUUUUGUUGAUUGUUAAAGAGAGAGGAGGAAGGAAGAGAACAGAGAUUUUGUACCCCAGAAACAAUACAAUUGAAGCCGAACUUGGAUCCAACAUAUUUACAGAAUGCAAUGUUUCAAGUUACAAUGACCCUUUUCUUUUUGUAUUCUGGAAAGUCAAUAAUACGCCAGUUGACUUGGUUAAAGGAAGAAUUGUGGAAGGAUUUCAAGACGUAUAUCAUGUUGAAGGAGCUCAGUUUUUUGUAGUGCCUCUGAACAUUACAAAUCUGAAGAGUGAAGAUUAUGGCAAGUUGUUUGUUUGCCAUGCAGGUGAAGUUUCUGCAUAUAUCUCAAUACAACCUCCAAGUAGUAUGUCUUCUAAUAUUUAUUAA